AAUAAAGAAGAGAAUAAUAUAGAAUAUAUAUAAUUUAGGAAAAAUAAAUUAGAAAACGGAAUAGGAAAGUGUUCAUCGUUUAUCUAUAAAGGGAAUGCUUCCUUUCCUUUCUCAGCAUCCCAUCCAUAGUAGCAUUCACAACAGUCAAGAAAGUUCGAUCGAUCGAUGACGAGGACGAAGAUAAAGAUAAAGAAGAUCGAUAACAUAGCGGCAAGGCAGGUAACGUUUUCGAAGAGGAGAAGAGGGCUGUUGAAGAAGGCUCAUGAGCUUUCUGUGCUUUGUGAUGCUGAGCUUGCUCUCAUUGUUUUCUCAGCUACCGGCAAGCUUUUUCAUUAUGCCAGUUCCAGUUUGGACGACACAAUUAAAAGGUAUAAUAAUGGGCACUUUCAUGACAUCAACAAACUGGAAAGACUUCCGAACCUGCAGAUUGAGGAUAGCGCCAAGUUAUGUGAGGAAGUUGCAAAACGAACUCAAGAACUAAGGAGGAUGGAUGGUGAGGAUCUUGAAGGAUUAGACUUGAGGGGCUUGCAGAACUUGGAGAAAACACUUGAAACAGGACUCGAUCGUGUCAUUCGCAUGAAGGAGAAGCGGAUUAUGGGUGAGAUUUUGCAACUUCAGAAUAAGGGGAUUACGUUGGAAGAGGAGAACAAGCAGUUAAAGCAAAAGGUGGCUGUUCUGCGAAAAGGGAAAAAUAAUCCUCCAUUUCUGUUGGAUUUGGAUGAUACUACUGAUGGGAAUGAUAACAAUAUUAAUAAUAAUAAUAAUAAUAAUGAUGAGGAAGGUACCUCAUUCAUAGAAUCUAUGAAUAACAUUAGCAGUUGCAGCAGUAACCUUCCUCCAGAGGAUGAUUCAUCAGACACUUCUCUCAAGUUAGGGUUACCCUUCUCUAACUAAAGGUGUUGCGAGGUACCUAACCACUCUUCGGCGUGUAAAAUGUGAAGAUGCUUGCAUUAUUGCCAAUCAGCAUCAUGUGAUUUUGUUGGUCUUACACUACUUGUGAACCCACAUGUAUAGGACCCAUUAAAUGAGGGUAAUAACUAAUAAUCGAUUCGUUGUAAGAAGAAAACAAAAGAAAUUAAACCUAUAAAAAAAUUAAUUUUGAUACA